CGCGCAGUGAACAACGUUACUUUCAGGAGACCUCUCUCGUGAUUUUAGAGAUUUGACACGAGAAUAAACAUCAACAAUCGUGAGCAUCUGCGUGAGGACAUUGAAGAGUGUGACGUGAACUUUCUCGGGUGUUAUAUUCCAUAGAGAAAGAACUGAGAGUGUUCGUUGUGUAUGAUUUUAUGAAUGAGCGUCGAUAGAGGAUUAAACAUGCUACACAAGCAUGGAAGCAGAUCACAUGGCGCCGUGUAUAAAGGCAGAGGUGCUUUUCUAAAAUCCAUGUCGGAAUUCCCGGUGGAAGGAGGCGAAAACAUGCAUACUGCCAUGGAGAAUUUUCAAAAGAAAAACCUGGUGACUGGCAGGACGCAUCACGUCACGCAUCAUCCGCAGGUCACCACCACGUCAUCACAGAUGCUGACGACAAAUCAGAGCCAACAUCAGAGUAGUAGCAGCACCAGUACCAGUACUAGUAGUAGUAGCAGCAGCAGCAGUACGAGCAGCAGGGUGGCCAAGUCCUCGCAGAGGAUUCUCACCUCGUCUUCGUCGAGUGAGAUGAAGGCGAGCUCCAUGAAAAGUGAUCUGACGGAACUCAAACGCGGUAUCUCGGAGAUGAAGAACAUCUCGACCAACUUUUCACAACGGCUGCGCAACAGCAUGGAGAACCUCGUAGACAGAGAUGGCAGUGGAUCGGAAGAGACCGAUCUCACAGAACCGCUGGUGACUUUUCCGGAUACCGAUACGCCGCCACCUGUCAACGAUGCUGUCACAUUAGCAGGCGGUUCUCCGUCCCAAUUAAGUUCCCUGAAUUCGCUGAACAAUCUUCAUCACAGCAUGAGCCCGCCGAUGAAUAUACCGAGUAUGCCAAACCUACCUGCUGGUCAGGAAACUAUGAAGUUCGAACAGAAGAAAAUGACUAGCGCUUCAAAAACAAAAGUCGUCACGGAUGGAUUUAGCGCUGAAAAGGCGACGGCGAAUAGUGCAGAAAUGAGGGCCCUACAAGCCGGUGAUGUCUCAUACAAGGAACAGAGCGCAGCAACGGCGGCGAGGGCGCGUGUCGAGCUCGACGGCGUCUCGGCGGAGAAGAGCGUCGCUGCUGCGAGAGAACAGAGAAGCUUGAAGGCUGGCGAUCUCUCGCAUCAAGAGAGUAACAACAUGGCAGCAUCUACCAUGAAGCUUCAAAGUGAUUCUUUUACUUCCGAGAAGAAAGCGAUGGCAGCGCAACAGCAGCGGCAGACAGUCACCUCGACCGGUAUUUUCAACCACGAGAAGCACAUAGCCUCGAGCUCACAAUCGAGCAUCACGAUCGCGUCCAAAUCGGGCGUGAGUUCAUCCAAAUCGAUGAUCAGUGCUGCGAGUGCAGUUAAUCAACUGAUGAACGGCAUGCGACCACCAACCGCUGAGGAUGAGCUUUUGUCCUUACCGUUGGAUGACUUGGAUCUACUUUGUUCCAAGUCAAAUCCGCAGGAUGUGGACUGUGCCAUCGCCAAGUAUUGCAGUCUACUCGACAGCUUCGUGGAGCGGUUAAAGGUGAGCGCCGACAGUGGCAAGAGCAGUAACAGCGGCAGCAAAGCGCCACAACUGUUGAACAGGGUGAACGAGAUCAUCCGGAAGGCUUGGGCAGUGCCUACACAUGGCCAUGAGUUGGGUUAUACCCUGUGCAACACCCUAAGGACGCGCGGCGGUCUUGAUCUACUCAUGUCAAAUUGCAUAGCGAAUGAUCACGAAUUGCAGUUCUCGUCGGCCAGAUUACUAGAGCAAUGCUUGACUACGGAGAAUCGCGCUCACGUGGUGGAGAACGGCCUGGAGAAAGUGGUGAAUGUCGCAUGUGUGUGCACGAAGAACGCCAAUUCGGUGGAUCACGCGCGCGUCGGUACCGGGAUACUCGAGCAUUUGUUCAAACACAGCGAGGGCACCUGCAGCGACGUCAUCAGAUUAGGUGGUUUGGACGCGGUGCUAUUUGAAUGUCGAAAAAAUGACGUGGAGACUCUGCGUCAUUGUGCAGGUGCAUUAGCGAACCUGUCGCUGUAUGGUGGAGCUGAGAACCAAGAAGCGAUGAUCAAGCGGAAGGUGCCAAUGUGGUUGUUUCCGCUUGCUUUUCACAACGAUGACAACAUCAAGUAUUACGCUUGUCUAGCGAUCGCCGUGUUGGUCGCCAACAAAGAGAUCGAGGCGGCCGUUCUCAAGUCCGGCACCCUCGAUCUCGUCGAACCUUUCGUCACGUCGCACAAUCCCUACGAAUUCGCUAAAUCGAACUUAGCGCACGCACAUGGUCAGAGUAAGAACUGGCUGGAAAGGCUUGUGCCGGUCCUAAGUUCUAAACGAGAGGAGGCUCGCAAUCUAGCAGCUUUUCACUUUUGCAUGGAGGCAGGUAUCAAGAAGCAACAGGGCAAUACUGAUAUCUUCCGAACGAUCGGCGCGAUCGAGCCGUUGAAGAAAGUAGCCAGUUGUCCGAACGCGAUUGCGUCUAAAUACGCAGCACAAGCUUUAAGAUUAAUCGGCGAAGAAAUUCCGCAUAAACUUAGCCAGCAAGUGCCUUUAUGGUCUACUGAGGACGUUCGAGAAUGGGUAAAGCAGAUCGGUUUCGCCGAAGUAGCCCCGAACUUUGUGGAAAGCCGAGUGGAUGGCGACUUACUGCUGCAGUUGACGGAGGAGAAUCUGCGCGAGGAUAUCGGUCUGACCAACGGUAUUAUGCGUCGCAGAUUCGCUCGCGAGCUGCAGAACCUGAAGAAAAUGGCUGAUUACAGUAGCCGCGACACUGGUAACUUGAAUAGCUUCCUGCAGUCGAUCGGCCAGGAGUUCUCCAUCUACACGUAUAGCAUGCUGAACGCCGGAGUAGACAAGGACUCGAUACGAAAUCUCUCGGAGGAUCAGUUACUGGCGGAAUGUGGCAUCACCAAUAGUAUUCAUCGGCUCAGGAUACUUGACGCCAUCAAGAAUAUGCAGCACAAUCAGUUCAGUUCGUGCGAGUACGAAUCGCCUGACAAGUCCCUUGACGUUUUCGUCAGUUAUCGUAGAUCGAACGGCUCGCAACUGGCAAGUCUGUUGAAGGUACAUCUACAGUUGCGGGGUUUUACGGUUUUCAUCGACGUCGAAAGGCUUGAGGCUGGCAAGUUUGACAACAACUUGCUACAGAGCAUCAGGCAGGCCAAACACUUCCUCCUCGUACUUACACCCCAGGCUUUGGAGAGGUGUAUACAAGACAGCGAGUGCAAGGAUUGGGUACAUAGGGAAAUUGUUGCCGCGCUGCAAUCACAAUGCAACAUAAUCCCGAUCAUUGACAAUUUUCAAUGGCCGGAACCUGAAGAACUUCCUGAAGACAUGCGCGCGGUUUGCCAUUUUAACGGUGUUCGUUGGAUUCAUGACUAUCAAGACGCCUGCGUAGACAAAUUAGAAAGGUUUAUGCGAGGUGAGAUACCUAUGAGAUCUGAUCUGUCUAGUGGAAUUCCACGCAGCAUGGCUCCCAAGGACGUGACCCAACCGAGCACACCAGCUAACGCGAAUAUGCGACAACCGCCGAACUAUCAGCGAAUGCACAGCAACGAAAGCAGGGGCAGCGACAAAGAUUCCACGGGCGGACUUAGAAAGUCGUCGAGUCCAUCCCGUUGGUUGAUGGGCCUGCCACCCACGUCGCCGCGCUUCAAGUUCAUGUACACGCAUCCGGUGGGUGCCAGCAACAACCAGGCAGUACCUCGCAGGCCACCGCGGCAGCCACCCUUACCAUCAACGCGAUCUCGUUCGCUGGAGCUGCUGGAUCAACAGGAUCAGGAACAGAAGUCAGUCUCUUCCACGAUCGUCCAACGACCACCACUUCCUAGGCCAAGAUCACGCAGUCUGGAUGGUUUGCUGGAUGAAGAUGCGAAGAACGGUGAAGAGCAAAACAAAGGGCAGUGCGAGAAGGAUCGAGAAUGCCCUUCGAUGAAUUCAGAAGAAAAUAAAAUUGUACCUGCUUCAGAAAAAAACCAGAAAAAGCCUAAUAUUGAGGCUGUUGAAUCCAAGGAUGAACUCAGAUCGAUUUGCAGAAUAAAACCGAAAGUGCCUAACGAGUUCAAAUCCGAAACGGAGGACAAGCGAAUAUCUUUGAACAAGAAUGACAAGGAAGCUCUACCGAUACGUCCUCCGAAGCCGAGUCGACGUUCCAACUCGGAAGGACAGUCCUUGACAGGUUCCAACAAACAAUGCGCAGAACAAGAGCAUCCAAUUGAAGAACAGAGGAUCAAGAAGAUAGCGCAGGAAAGAUUGAAGACACGAGUGAUUGAAGACAAGAGUGACAACGAAAAUGAUGACUAUGACAACGACGACAAAUCGACGAUGCUGCUUAAGGCAUCAAGAAGCUGUGGUGCGGGAUUAGACUCUGACGGGAGCAUUUCGUCAAGCGAAUACGGUGGACAUAGAGCUCAUCGCGCAAAGGGACCGGGUUCACUGUUAUCGCUACCAGCGGGCGCGGAACCUAAACGCAAACGAAACUUCAUGGACAAGUGUGUGAACAAGGUGCGGUCGUUCAUAAAAAAGUGAAACAAUAAGACUUCUUGUUAUUUAAUUCCGCAAAUUGGUCGAAGUAAGGCGCGCGUGCGCGCGCGCGAACCCUAAUAAGUCCAAAUCUAAAAGAUGCUGUGACAGAUAACUGAAUAAUUACGAUAUUCUGAUCACUUAAAAAAUUUUAUAUCUUAAAAGUAUUUGAAAGUUUUCAAAAGAAUCAGGAAAAAAUUGUAAACAUCCCGAUAGUGAGAUUAGAAAACAUUUAUAAAAAGCUUCAGUGAUCAAGAUGUAUUAAAUUUUUUUAUGAGUAUCGAAUAAUCAUAGUCUUAAAGACCAAAAGGACGCAUUUAAAAAAUAUUUAGAAAAAAUUUGGCUGAGCAAACUAUUUAAAUGUCUUUUAUACAUUAUUUGAAAGAGUCUUUGAAACUAUUGCUUAUGAAAAUAUUCAGCAGUCGGUGAUUCCUGAAUUUCGUGUAUUUAAUUUUACGAUACGAAAACGUAAUUCGAAUUUUGUGAUCCGUUUUGUGUACAAUGAUAGGCAGCAUGAAAGUAUAUAGCGAAAUGUGCCUAAAGAUGCAACACAAGUGUCUUCAUAGAAGCCUCAAGAUCUUGACUUGGCAACGUAUGUUUACGCGAAUUAGCCUGCUUUUCCAGGUGCCUUUUUGUAUUGUAUUGUCUCUCGUUAAAUUGUAUGAAUAUUAUAUAUGUAGAAAUGAACGAGAAAUUAAGGCGGCUAAGUCGAU